AAGCUUCUGCCAGUGGUUAAUCAUAUCAGUUUCUGUUCAAUCAGCGGAUAUACAACCAAAAAAACCAAUCAAGAUGUUCAAGUUUUUCGCUCUGUGCCUGUUCGCCCUGUUGGCCGUUGCCUGUGGCAAGCCGCAGUUCCUGACCGCCUACAGUGCAGCCUCGCCCGUGGUGGCUGCCUCGCCCUACGCCUACUCCAGUGGCCUUUACGCCUCCCCCUACAGUGCUGCCUACACCAGCGGUGUGUAUGCCUCGCCCUACGCCUACGGAGCCUACCCCUACAGCUCACUGUACCUGAGACGUUGAGUGCUUGCAAGAGUGCCCACUGUACUACGAUAAUUCCCGAUGACGACGACGACCUAAUGAACAAAUAAAACUGAUAAAACAGAUAAAGAUUCACAGACCAAAGGCCAGCUAUUUGCUGUCAUUUGCUUUGAGCAACUGCAGAUUAAAAGGGGCUGCGAAAUGGGAGUGGCAGAGCCCUACACUCGAAAAAAACACACAACACUUGUUAAAGAAUAUUGCACUUUUGAACUCUUUAAAAACAAAACUAAAAAAAUAGAAAAAAAAGUAAAUAUAUAAACUUGGAAAACUACAAA